CCUUCCUCCUCACCAUCACCAUCACCAUCACCACCCAUCCUCUUCAUUCCUCCCAUCAUCCACCUCCCCCUCUUUCCAACUCUUCUCAUCUACUCAUCUCUCUCCUCCCCCUCCCCCUUGUCCAUCUAAUCCCUUUCACCUCAUCAUCGCAUCUCCCCAGCACUCCGCCCGCAGCCCCCUCAACCCUCCCUCCCUCUUGUCCAUCUCGCGACCUCUCCCUUCUCACAAAUCUCCUCACCAGCUUGAAUCAAUCAGCCCCACCCCAUCCUCCCCCCCCCCGCUAUUUGGGGAUGCAUCGUUCUUAAGAACUACUCUCUCCACUCAACACGCAUUCCCCCUUCACCCCCCUCUUAUCCUUACCCGUCCAUGUCCCACCCUCCUCCCGGACUGGGAGGCGGGGUCGCCAGGACCGGCCCUCCGCCUGGCUUUGGUAACAGUGCACAGGGCAGCACUGCCAACUCAGCCGGCGGUGGUGGCGGCGGCGGCAGCAGUCACUCCAACAGCGGCCCUGCUGCCAUUGCCCGCACCAAGAUAGUCUACCUCCUGGGCUCCCUAGCCGAAGACACUUAUGAGACCUCUGUCAACGAACUCCGCAUCGCCGCCGGCAACCACGGCCCAGAGAUGUACCAAAACUUUGUACGACGCACCGCCGUCGUCGCUGCGCCCGUCAUUCAGACGCUUGUGCAACACACCCAGCAAUACAAGGACGACCCCUCGGCGCCGCCCCCGCAGAUCCCCACAAACAGUCAGGCCGCGCUGGCCUGGCGCCUCCUCGCAUCCGAGGCAGUUCGCGCCGCCCGCGACGUGUCGCUUGCCCCGCACUACCUUUCGGCCUUGCUUUCGCCAUCGCACGGCACGCCGCCCCUGCUCCCGGAUCUGCGUCUUUUGAACCUCUCGCCCGCUGUCCUGUUCUCGCUCUCGGCGCUCGCACUCGCCAACCCCCAGGUGUUGCCCAGCACGCAUCCAGCGUACGAGAAUAUCAAGGCCGACCUGCACCAGACAUUCCAGAGCGCCAUGGAUAUCCUCAGCUCGGCCAUGCCGUUCUGGGCCAGCAACAUCCCCAAUCAGUCGCAGGACGACCUGUCGAUGCAGGAGGCCCGCACCCUCAUACUCGCGUUGUACCCCCAUUCAUCGCCUUCCCCCGACGACAAGUCGUCGCGCCCCCCUACGCCUAACAACAACCCAACAACUCCUCACCAGACAAUUCUUAACUCGCUCCAGCGUGGCUACUUGCUACAGGUUCUCGUUCACAAGUUUAAUGGACCGGCAGUCCUGCUCAACACGCUGUCGGCGCUCCAACCAGGCGGUCCACCACGCACAGUUGGCUCGAUUCCACUCGAGGAUGUCCUCUUUGAGCUUGGCGACGCUAUCACCCAGGCCGAAGGCUCAGUUGCUGCUGUUGUUCAGCGCUGGUGGGGCCCAUACAUCCUCGAUGAGCCCAACCCACAGGCCAUUUACGAGGAACUCGUCAACACCCUUCACGGUCUUUGCCGUGGCUUGAACGAUGGGAGGACUAUCAAGCCCGCGGGUGUCAUGAAGGGCUUGGUCGAGGCAACCAAACCCGCUCAAAUUCAAUGGGUCGAUGUUGUCAAGUCGUUUGACACGCCAGCCACCCCGCUGGCGUAUCCUAACGCCCUCAUGCUGGCCGCCAACCUCCUCCUUGUUCCUCCCCAGACGCCCAGGCCCCCCAUUGCCGCGCUUCUUCCAGCCUCGCCUUCCGAGGGAACCUGGACCAACAUGUCUUCCCUCCUCUACGUCCUCAGAAACCUGGCGACGUUACCUCCCGACGCGUUGAACCUUUUCACGGCGCCCAACUCGCCUCCGCCCGAGGCCAUGGCGCGCAUCGUUGAGCCCUACCCAGCCGAGACCAAGGUUAACAAGACGGUCCGCCAGCAGGCGAAGGACGUCCAGGCCGCGGGCCUGUGGAACACCCUUGGUCUGAUCCAGGUCCUCACUCAAGCGUGCACAAUGGCCGACUCGGAGGAGGGCGCUGAACACGACGACCGCAUCGAGGUAGGACGCCGCGCCACCGAGCUUCUGGACCGUGCGGCGUCCCUUGCUCCCGAACUCGUCCUGAUCGCCCUCGAGAAGCUGCCCAAGCCGCUUCCAGCGCCAAUCCAGGCCAUGCACCAGAAGAUAUUGGAGAUAUACCUCGUCAACCCGCCCGAGGAGCUUGCCUCCGCGCCGCUCGUGUUCCAGCAGCUCUGGGACACUAAUCCUUCCGGCCUUCUCAAUGACCUGGGCGAGUUCUACAGCGAGGACGAGAACAAUCUCGGCAAAAUCGUAGAGAUCGCAUGGGAUCUCAACAUUCUCGACAAGCUCCUCGAGAGCGACAACGUGCACUUUGCACUCGACGUUGCGACUCUCGCAGCUAGCAAGGACUAUUUCAACCUCGGUGACUGGCUUGCCGACACCGUGGCCGUCAAGGAUCACGACUUCCUCUUGGCCAUGUUUGACUUUGUCGAGCACAAAGUGCGCCUCGAGAUUGACCACCAGCACCAGCCCGAGUCGGUCCCCAACCUCAUGUUCACGCUUUCGGACGAGGCGUACUCCAUUUUCAUCCGUGUGCUCCGUAACGCGGAGAACCUUACGCCCGAAGACGUGCGCCGCUUUAAGAUUCUUCGCACCGAUGUUCUCAUCCUGCACCCGCGCCUUCUCAACCUGCGCCCGGGGUCCAAGGAGGAGCAGGGCUUUACUGUCGCAACUUACAGCCGGGCGAUCAGUACGGAAGUCGAUGACAUGUACCGCCGCAUGUACUCGGAGGAAGACGAGCUCACGCUCGACGAUGUCAUCGACAAGCUCACGCGCUUCUCCAAGUCGAGCGAUAGAACCGAGCAAGAGACGUUCGCCGCUGCGCUCCACUCGCUCUUUGACGAGUACAAGUUUAUCAAGACCUACCCUCACCGUGAGCUCACCAUGACGGGUAUCCUCUUUGGUGCCAUUAUCGACUGUCGCCUCGUCAAGGAUACGCCGGCGUUCGUGGCCACACGCUACGUCGCCGACGCCUGCAAGACCGCGCCUCACGAGCCGCCUUACCAGUUCGGCGUCAGUGCGCUCGGUGUCCUUCGCGCAUCUCUUGUCGACUUUCCCGGCCUCUGCAGGUCGCUCCUCGAGAUCCCGGCCCUGCAUGAGUCGCACCCCGCCUAUAUUCAGGACAUUCAAGCCGCGCUCCAGGAGCGCGAGGAGCUUGACCAGCAAGGCGGCGUUAAGCUUGCCUUCCCUGCCCUCAAACUUCCCAUUCUCCUCGAAGAGGGCGACGACCAGUUCCGCGAGCCUGACCCCACUACGAGAGACAAGAUCAUGUUCAUCGUCAACAACAUUGCUCCCAGCAACUACGAGGCCAAGUCUGCCGAGCUGGUUACGCUCUUCAAGAACGAGUGGUCUCGCUGGUUCGCCCAGUACUUUAUUGACGUUCGUGUAAGCAUGGAGGUCAACCGCCACGACCUGUACUAUCAGAUUCUGGAACUCCUCGACAACCCGCUGCUGGAACGCCAUGUCCUUUGGGAGACGUACCGCAAGGCUCGUGACUUGCUCAAUGACGAGAAGACAGUCACUGUAUCGGCCGACCGUCAACAUCUCAAGACGGUCGCCCUAUGGCUGGGUCGUAUCACGCUUGGUCGUCAACUUCCCAUCAAACACCGCGAACUGUCGCUCAAGGAUUUGCUCAUCCAGGGCUAUGACAACAAGCGUCUUAUUGUCGUCAUCCCGUUCGUUUGUGGCGUCCUCUUGUCUUGCGUCGACUCUGUCGUCUUCCGCAUGCCCAACCCGUGGUUCGUCGCCAUCAUCCGCGUCCUCGUCGAAAUGUACCAUUUCGGCGACAUCAAACUGAACAUGAAGUUUGAGAUCGAGGUGCUCUUCACCAAGCUUGGCAUUCAACUCGAGUCUGUCGAACCCUCCGAGGUGCUUCGUACUCAUGUCCCGCCGCCUCAGCCGCAGCAGAACGUGCCGAACCGUCUCGAGCUGGAGCUCCAGCGUCACCUCAACACGAACGAAGCCACGAACGGCAGUCAGCGCUUCAACGAUCCCCACAUGGACGAGCAGUACACUCGAUUCCAAGCGCUGCAGAACGAGCAGGCCGUGCAACAGGCGCACGAGCAAUUCAUGGCGCACGUGGAGCAGCUUAUCCGCGAUCUGCCGCAGCAAUUACGCUUUAACUCGGACCUCGGUGUCGUGCAGGCGCCGACUUUCAAGCGCAUAGUCUUCCACUCGAUUGAACGUGCCAUUCGCGAGAUCGUUGCGCCUGUGGUGGAACGCUCGGUCACCAUCGCGGGCAUCUCAUCGCGCGACCUCGUCCAGAAGGACUUUGGCACCGAGGGCGACUCAACCAAGAUGCGCAAGGCUGCUCAUUUGAUGGUCCAGAAUCUGGCUGGUAACUUGGCCCUUGUCACUUGCAAGGAGCCGCUCCGCACUAGCCUCAUGUCGCACAUUCGCGCCUUGGUAAGCCAGAAUGGCUUCACUGAAGAGAAUGUACCCGAGGCGGUUAUUGGUGGUGUGGUCAACGAGAACCUCGACAUUGCCUGCAACGUUAUCCGUCGUGCUGCGAUGGAGAAGGCCACCCGCGACAUAGACGUCAACCUGCAGCCGCAGUUCGCUGCCCGAAAGGCUCACCGCGACUCGCGUAGCACGCAGCCGUUCUACGACGGGGCAUCAUUCGGCGUAGCCAUCUCGCACACCCAGCUUCCUGACCCCCUGCGUUUGCGCCCGGGUGGCCUUACGGCACUUCAGCAGCGAGUCUACGAGGACUUUGCAGAGUCGGCUCGCCCUGACCUUCAGCCGCAGCAGCCUGGCGCGCACAUUAACGGUGGCGAGGGUUACCUCCCUAGCUACCGCGAGUUUGGCAUUGCUGAGGGCGGCGUUGCUUCUGCGGAAGCCAAGCGCGGCCCCUCGCCCCGCUUCGACGACCUCGUUCAGCCGCCAGAGGCUAUCGUGGCCCUGGCGCCUCAGAACUCGGCUGAGAAGUUCCACGAGGUCAUUGCCGAGAUCGAGAAGGUCAUCCCGCACACUCAGGCGCAAGGUCUGAGCCAGCUCGACGACGACCAUGAGCUGCGCAAUCUCAUGCGGACCGUCAUGGCCAUUGGCCAGUCGUCGCGCGAGUCUAGCACCCUCAACAUCGCGCAGAAGAUAGUGCAGCUACUUUACAAGACCGAUUCCCCACUUGGUCGCGAGGUGUACACGGUUCUGUUGCAGCAGCUCUGCAUGUUCCAGCCCAAGGUCGACCGCGAAGUGAAGCAGUGGCUUGUUUACGCCGAGGAUCCUCGCAAGUUCAACGUCGCCGUCACGGCGGUGCUCAUUCGUGCGACAUUUAUUCGCGUGCCCGAGCUCGACGCUCAGCUCGCUAAGCAGAUGUCCCGCGGCUACUCGCCCGACCUCGUCAACUUUGUUGCCCAGCUCAUCCGCGAGUGUUCGCUCGGCCAACAUGCUGUUGUUGCACGCAACGCAUUUGCCAUGUGCGUCACGCAGCUGCUUAAGGCGCAGGAUCACGGGCAGUCGACCCCAUCCGCCGACCAGCUUCUCGACGAUCUCCGCGGCGAGUCGAUUCACGACAGCAAAGCCACGACCGUCGACCCCAGUGUCCAGGAGCGCCUUCAGCACUACUUCUUCGAGUGGGUGCGCCUGUUCACUGAGAAUCCCAACUCGCCAGAGGUCUCGUUCGUGCCCUACAUCACGUGGCUCCAGAACGACAACAUCCUCAGCGGUGAGGAUGUUUCCACUGCGUUCUACACAUCGGCGAUCAAGGCCGCAGUUGAAUGCGACUUGAAGUCGGAGAAUGGGCAAUGGUACGGCACCGACUCGCUCGCCAAGCUCAUCAUUCUCAUUGUCAAAAACUAUGGCGACAAGAGCGGCCCUGGCAGCGUCACUCGCACCGUCUACUACUUCAACAAGAUCGUCACGAUCAUGUCGUACAGCCUCGUGCGCGCUCAACUCAACCCCGAUGAGCACUUUGACCAGCGUCCGUGGACGCGCUUCUUCACGAGCAUGCUUGCAGAGAUUGCGUCCAUUGAGGCAUCUCUUCCCGAGACAGCUCUCGGCUGCCUCAAGAGCGUGGCCAACGUGCUGGGCAUCAUCCAGCCUACCUAUGCGCCAAGAUUUGCAUUCGGCUGGUUCACGAUCGUCUCGCAUCGCCUUUUUAUGGCCAAGCUGCUCAUAGCCCAACGCCAGGAGGGCUGGGCUGACUACCACCGCACGCUUAUGUGGCUGCUCCGCUUCAUGUCGCCCUUUAUCAAUGUGGACGUCGACAGCAACAACAACAUGGGCCCAGCGGCGCGCAGUCUCUACAAGGCUACGCUGCGUAUCCUCCUGGUACUCAUGCACGACUUCCCUGGCUUCCUCGUGGAGUGCUACCACACACUCUCGAUGGCCAUUCCGGCGCACUGUGUCCAGCUCCGCAACAUCAUCCUCGCGGCGUUCCCCGCCUCGGAGGGGCCUCUUCCUGACGUGUACAAGCGUCUUGAGGAGCUCGUUCCCGAGAUGCAGACGUUCCCUCGCGUUCGCUCGGACCACGUUAACGCGCUCAAUACGGGCAACGUCAAGAACGCCAUCGACAGCUACGUGCACAACACUUCACCCAACGGUGCACUCAUUGUGACCGAGCUCAAGAACCGGAUCGCGGUGCAGAAGAUGCACCCCGACAACACGUCGACGACGGUUUGGAACCACACCCUGCUCCACGCCACUGUCUUCUACCUCGGCACCAUGGCUGUCCACCGCCACUACAUGCUCACGGGUGUCGCCGACUUUGACCCUAAGGACCCCGCGGUCUCGCUUCUGCUGGGCCUUGUGCACUCAUUCGACGCUGAGGGCCAGUACCUGAUGCUCUCUGUGAUUGCGGACCAGCUGCGCUUCCCCUCGGCGCACACCUUGUUCUUCGCCCACCUCAUCCUUUAUCUGUUCAAGGUGUCAACCGACUCGGCGGUUCCUGAGCGCAUCGCGCGCGUGCUCCUCGAGCGCGUCAUCGUCGCACGCCCCCACCCUUGGGGUCUCAUCGUCUCCUUCGUCGAGCUGCUCGAGAACCCCGCCUACGGCUUCUGGGAUCAGCAGUUCGUGCGCGCCGACGACGAGAUCUAUCUCAUGUUCCGCCGUGCCCGUGAGGGCUUUGGAACGCAGCCGCUUUAACCUCUCCUCUCCAGGGUUCCCCUCGGCUUUUCAUUAUGUUUGUGACAGUAGCAUCCCCUCGUCCCCCUCUUCUUGCGGGCCGCAACUCACACCCCUCGGCAGCGCGUCGGACUCCACCCGACGCGGCGCCGCCUCGGCCGCCGGUGCGGCAAUAGAGAGAGAGAAGGGGUUCCGUGAAGACUAUACCCUGGCCCAUUUGGGCCACUGUAAUAACCUCGUACGGCUGCAUACAUCUGCAGGCGCGCGGGGGCCUUGUAUACUAGUCACUGCAAUGCAUGGCACGUCCACAUCUGUAGCU